GGACUCAGAAAUUCUUCGUUUUUUUCGUGACACAUCUAUCGUGUGAGGUGUGGUUGUAAUUUUUUGUUAAAUUCAUUUAAAAUAUUUAACAAAACACCAAAAUACUACAAGCAAUUCAUACAGUACACUUAGUGAAUUAGGAAUAUAGACAGUGUGAACCAUGGCGAACAGAUUACCGGCAUGUGUGAUUGAUGUGGGCACCGGAUACACGAAAUUGGGAUUUGCUGGCAACAAGGAACCACAAUUUAUUAUUCCCUCUGCCAUUGCCAUUAAAGAAUCAGCCCGUGUGGGUGACACCAAUAGCCGUCGCAUUACCAAAGGUGUUGAAGAUUUGGAUUUUUAUAUAGGCGAUGAGGCCUUUGAUGCAACUGGCUAUUCCGUCAAGUAUCCCGUCCGCCAUGGUUUGGUCGAAGAUUGGGACUUGAUGGAACGUUUCCUGGAACAGUGUGUCUUUAAAUAUUUAAGAGCCGAACCUGAAGAUCAUCAUUUCUUGUUAACAGAACCGCCAUUGAAUACUCCAGAAAACCGCGAGUAUACUGCCGAAAUUAUGUUUGAAACUUUUAAUGUUCCUGGUCUAUAUAUUGCUGUACAGGCCGUUUUGGCUUUGGCCGCCAGUUGGGCUUCCAGACCAGUUGAGGAACGUACCCUCACUGGCAUUGUAGUUGAUAGUGGCGAUGGUGUUACUCAUGUCAUUCCAGUGGCCGAAGGUUAUGUCAUUGGCUCAUGUAUUAAACAUAUACCAAUUGCUGGACGCAACAUCACCUCUUUCAUUCAGAGCCUAUUACGCGAACGUGAAGUCGGUAUACCACCCGAACAAAGUUUAGAAACUGCCAAAGCUAUUAAAGAGAAGCAUUGUUAUAUAUGUCCCGAUAUAGCCAAAGAAUUUGCUAAAUAUGAUGCUGAACCGGGUAAAUGGAUACGCAAUUAUACCGGCAUCAAUGGUGUUACGAAGCAACCAUUUACCGUCGAUGUCGGCUAUGAACGAUUUUUAGGUCCAGAGAUUUUCUUCCAUCCGGAAUUUUCAAAUCCUGACUUUACCAUACCGAUAUCGGAAAUUGUCGAUAAUGUUAUACAAAAUUGUCCCAUUGAUGUUCGAAGGCCAUUGUAUAAUAAUAUCGUUUUAAGUGGUGGCUCAACAAUGUUUAAAGACUUUGGUCGUCGUUUACAACGAGACAUUAAACGUUCGGUGGAUACACGUUUGCGUAUAAGUGAAAAUCUAUCUGAGGGAAGAAUAAAGCCUAAACCCAUUGAUGUUCAAGUCAUUACCCAUCAUAUGCAGCGCUAUGCCGUUUGGUUUGGUGGCAGUAUGUUGGCUUCAACUCCGGAAUUCUAUCAGGUUUGUCACACAAAAGCUGCCUACGAAGAAUAUGGACCCGGAAUUUGUCGUCACAAUCCAGUAUUCGGUACUAUGACAUAAUUACGCAUUUCUACUUCAAAAA